UGCGUCUGUGUCUUAACGGAUUUGUUCAAACAGAGAGUGGCACGCCUGUUUGUCUGUGCAAGAAAAACAAGUGUUUGGUGAUUCUGUCUGCAUUUCAGUCUGAUAUCAGCAAACAGUGAGUGUGCAUACACGUGAACAAGGCUGCGUGUUUCUCAGCUGUCACUUCUGCUGCGUUGAGUCAAGAUGGAAACGCAGCAGCUCAAACGUGCUGCAGCUUCUUGUACAGCAUCGUUUCAGACGGCCACAGUCAGCUGCUGAAAGGAGCAUCGUUGGUAUUGUUGCAUCCCUCGUCUCCUCCUUCUUUUCUCCUUUCCCCUCCCUUCUCCCGUCUAUCAAUCCUCUUCUCGACACACGCACCCCGAUUUCCGCAUCGCCUCCUCCGGUAUAAUGACCAACGAUAGCCCGGAGGAGGAGACCCGAGCUCCGGGCGGCGGAGGAGGUGGUUGUGGAAGAGCAAUCGGUAGAAAACACCGAGCGGAUGACAAUGUGACGAUCCUAACAUCAUCCAUGGAUUUACACAGAGCCAGCCGGAGCCGAGCCAGCAGCAGCAGCAACGAUGCCGCCCCGAGCAUCACGUCCUCCGUGGAUCUGAGCACCUCCUCCCUGGAGCUGAGCAUCCAGACGCGGAUCUUUAAGAUCAUCGUCAUCGGGGACUCCAACGUGGGGAAGACCUGCCUCACCUUCCGCUUCACGGGGGGCAGCUUCCCCGAUAAGACCGAGGCCACCAUCGGCGUGGAUUUCAGGGAGAAGGUGGUGGAGAUCGAAGGGGAGACUAUCAAGGUGCAGGUAUGGGACACAGCAGGCCAGGAGCGCUUUCGUAAAUCCAUGGUGGAGCACUACUACCGCAAUGUUCAUGCUGUGGUCUUUGUAUAUGAUGUUACCAAGAUGGCUUCCUUCCGCAACCUACAGACUUGGAUAGAGGAGUGCAAUGGUCAUCGGGUGUCGGCAUCAGUACCUCGAGUCCUGGUGGGGAACAAGUGCGACCUUGUGGACCAAAUACAGGUGCCCUCCAACAUGGCGCUGAAGUUCGCCGACGCCCACAACAUGCUGCUAUUCGAGACGUCGGCAAAGGACCCGAGAGAAAGUCAGAACGUCAACUCGAUCUUUAUGUCCUUGGCCUGCCGUCUGAAGGCUCAGAAGUCUCUGCUCUACAGAGACGUGGAGAGAGAGGAUGGGCGAGUGCGACUCACACAAGAGACUGAGACAAAGAGUACUUGUCCUUGUUGAGGAAAAGGAGGAGCGGGAGGAAUAAUGGAAGGGAGGAGAGAAGAGUUUCUCUACAUUUGAAGAAGGAAGAGGAAAAGGGAUGAUAGGGCGAAAGACAAGAGUCAUUUAAAUUUGUAGUUUAGGAGAAGGAUGGGGGUGUUAAAGCUGACACUACGAGGUGGACGGUAGAGGGGCUUAAAGCUUGUGCAAAGGACUGAAAAAUCACCAACAUCCUGGGAGUGAUGCAUCUGUUAACAAUUCAGAAAUAAGAUGAAGCUGCCUUUUCAACUACAGUAUAGUUUAGAAAUUCUUCCACUUAUUUGCACAUAUAUACACAAUCUGAGUAAUCUGAAACCAGCCCUAGCUCGGUGUUUUCCAAGGUCAUUAUUAACCGCAGCAGCUUAUUUUACUGGCGGUUUUUUGCUGUCAGAGCUUCAUAUUUGUCACAUUUCACCCUUGUUGUGAUUGCACCAUUUCUACCGCCUUAAAAGCUAAACAGCUGGCUCUAAAUUAGUUUUAAUGACCCGAGGCAAAAACAGCAAAGAUGUUUCAAGGAUUUGAAAAAACAUUCAACAGAUUCUUCUUUUGUUGAGAAAUAUUAGACUUUUAUCAUCUCCCCCCUCCUUACAUUUAUGUUGCCUGAUAUCAAAAGCCCUCAAAUGAAGGACUUAAAAUCAUUGUGAGAUUUAAAUGAAUGGAGAAGAUGACAGAUUGCAGGAUCUACAGAGGAAGACCUUGACGAGAAGGUUUCCUGCAAAUGGGCCAUUUAUAGGUUGCCAGAGAGCAUGUCAGCUAUUGAUUUAGAAGCUGUGAGAUCCUUUUACCCUUAUGCAGGUGAAAGGCACUCUCCUACAAAGGGGAGGCAAGGCUCUUGUUUCUCAUCCACUCCUCAUGUAAAUGUAUCUUCUCCAUGUUGUCCCAGUGGCCUAAGCCAGCUUUGCCACUGGAUGUAAAUUCAAAAACAUCAAGUCUCUCCUGUUAUGCAGCAUCAAUGCUCUAAUAGGUAUUUUUCAAGCUAGAGGCCUUCUAGCUGCCUUAGAUGAAGCUUCACUGCCUCCAAUCUCUGAAAAUGCAGGAGAGAAAACUGUGAACCCUGUGUAGGUGAUGGAGAGGCCUUUGUGCUGCUGAACCCUUAAGCCUGGAUUAUUCGAGUCACUGGUGAAACUGGCAGCGUGAGACACUGUAGAAAGCCAUAUUUAAUAUUUCCUGCACACAGAGAGGCAGCUUGCUUUGCACUGAGGAAGCUCCCAUGUAGGCUGUGGGUGAAGGAACACACUGUACAUAAAUCAGUGUUUAAGCAAUGAAGCCUCUGUGUCACAAGAAACCAUCCAACAUCCCAACUGUGAUGUAUGUCAGUUUGAUAUAGUAGCACACUUAGCAUAUUUUACCACUGUAGCCUACUCUUGUGUGAUUCUAUUAAUGUAUCUGGAUGCCAUAUGUAGAAAAAUCAGAUCAGCGAGCAUUUAAGAGCGGCGUUCCCUCCAAGCUGCCAGUCUGAUGUCCUGAUUAAAUUAUUCACAGACUGAAUCUGAACACUGUGCAAAUCCAGAGAGCUUCUGCCUGAGGUGUGCCAUGUUUUGGUGAUCUUUCAUACAGAUUUUACGAACGGUGCAAAAGUCUUCAGCCACAAAUAGUUAUAAAAUAGUCCUAGUCAUUUCAUAGCAAUAAAAUAAAGUGCUAUUUCAGCAUGGUAUGCAGUCUGCCCUUAAAAAAUAUGAGGCAAAUGGAUGAAUAGAGGACAGGAGAAGUGGCAGGCCUUAAAAGCUCUACAGCAGAUAUCUGAAAGUCAUUUGCUUAAGAAAUAGGCAAAAUCGACCAAAGACCCAACACAGGAUUUUCAGUUGAUCCACUGACUGUUUGCCAAAGCCUCAUCAGAAAUGGUUUCAGUGGAAAGGCAGCUGUCAAGAAG